AUGUUUGUGCAUGUGUUGCUCCUCUUCCUGCUGCUUCCUGUGGCAAUACUCUCACUUCCUGUGAAGAAGUUUCAGCCAAUGGACUGUGAGGAUGUCUACUACAACGGCUCUACACAGAGUGGGGUGUACACCAUCUUCCCUGCUGGACAGCCUACUCCUGUCCAGGUCUACUGUGACAUGGACUGUAAGGAGAAUAAUGGAAGGUGGACAGUGAUUCAGAGGAGGAUGGAUGGCUCUGUGAACUUCUACAGACCCUGGGAGCAGUACAAGAAUGGCUUUGGGAAUGUAUCUGGAGAGUACUGGCUGGGCCUGGAGAACAUCUUCCUUCUCACCUGGGCAAAGAAAUAUGAGCUGAGGGUGGACAUGGAGGACUUUGAUGAGGGGAAGGUCCACGCCCAGUACUCCUCCUUCUCUAUCGAUCCUGAGCCCGAGGACUACACGCUGCAUGUUGGUGACUACAUUGAUGGAGGAGCAGGAGAUGCUCUGAGGUAUCACAACGGACGCAGGUUUUCCACCAUCGACAAGAACCCGACCGGGUAUUAUUCUUAUUAUCAUUACGGUUACAGAUACGGUUAUUGUGCUGAAAGACUACAUGGAGGAUUCUGGUUUGGCAGCUGUGGCAAUGCAAACCCCAAUGGCUUGUACAUGUGGGGGCGCACAAGAUACUAUGACCUUGGCGUCAUGUGGCAAAACUGGAAGAGUUCCUACUCCCUGAAGUCCAUCACCAUGAAGAUCAGACCCUUGUCUCUGAAUGAUGUGGAGGAUUCCAGGGAUCUGGUCACUGUUUUCCCAUAG